UUCUUUUUAUUUUAUUUUUGAUUCUCUUUCUCUUUUAUAAAUAAUACACACAAAAGAAAUACAAAAAGAUCUAUGGAUAAUACUUUAAAAGAAUAUGACAGAAACUUGAAAGAGUUAGAGCGACAAAAGGAAAAACUUAAAGUUGUCAUGCAAAUGAUGGGACAGGAAUGGGAAGAAAGGUAAUCGACAUGAAUGAGUAAAUUACUUAAACUAACCUUUUGUUGUUAUAGUGGACCAGGUAUUGGAUGGCUAGGUUCACUUGAUAUACCAGAUACAACAGUUGAACCAUCGUUAAAUGAUAAAAAAAAACAACCCGUGUUGGCAUCGAAUUUACUACAACCUACAGCAGGACCAUCACCUGAAUACCUUCAAUCAUUACUUCAUAUAAAUGAAUCUCUGCUGGCUCAGAGCCUUGCCAAUGACCCCACACCCAUGCUAUCACCAUCAGAAGAAGAUAGUUUGAUUGACCAUAAACCAAUAAAUAUUUCAUCACCGUUAAUUACACCAGAAGAUAAUCAAGUAAAGCAAGACAAGGAUACCCUGACUGACGAUUGCAGCUUGAAUAACACUCAAUUGGAACCAUUUGAUCAAAUAAAAAAAUUUUGAACCUGAAAUUUUUUACCAACCCUUUGGUACACGUCCUAACUAAAAAUGGAAAGAUCUAAAUAGUUCCAUCAGAUCGUGUUUCCAUCUUUAGUACUUUCUUUCUUUUUCUGUUUUUCUUUUUUUCUAUGUAUAUGUAAUAGGCUACAUGUUACACGCCUUAAACAAUAACCCUGACAGAGCUUUGAUUUAUACAAAACGUUAUUUGUCAUCCUUGUAUUUUCGAUGCACAUAUAGUCAUAGUAAACCAAUGUUUGCAUUUACCCCCCUUCUUUUAUUAUUAUUACUAUUAUUAU